AUGAAGCCAAAAUUAAAAGUACCCGAAAAACCUGUCCCAAACCCGAAAUUGCUAAAAAUAAAGAAAAUGCAAAAAAUUUAUCAAUCCAAUGAAGGGGAGCCGGUGUGGCGAAAAACGCCAAACGAUAUAUUGCUGUAUAAAAUAUCUCUAGCAGGAGUCGCAAUCGGUCUUGCGAUGGGAUUAUAUACUGUUAUCUGGGAAUUAUCAAUUAAGAAGCGUUUCUUUCCCGAUUAA